UAGUUAGCUCUAACAAACACGCGACCAAGUUCGAGUUUCUCUAAACACUAAAAUGUACUAAAGAACACAAUUUUAUAGCUCACGAUCUAGCACAUAGGUGUGGACGCAUCAAAACGCAUCGACUAGACAACUACAAGGGUGGGUUUUUGGGAAUGGUGUCUUUAUAGACUUGAACGCUCGCAUAGUCGGGACAAUAGGUGCAAGUGAGUAAGUCACAGCCCGGCGAAGACUUUGUUUACAGAGCACGCGCAAACUACGCUCUGUGUCAAUAUCAGGAUCACGGCUUUGUUAUGAUAAGAAGCGGCACUGUAGUAGCACGCGUGCAACGCUACAGAUUACUUACCCUGUACAAAAGAACGCAGCCGAGCGCAGACUAGGUAACUAACAAAGUGCGGGAAAAACGUCGUUCAUUUCAGCUGUGGACCAUCAUUUAGUCAACAUGACAAAAGCAGACGAAGUCAUCACUUGUGAAACAACCGAACUUUGUAGAGUAGAAUGCGAAGAGAAAGAAAAGGAACAAAACGAGAGUUCUAGAUAUCGCAAAUGGGCUCUACUAGACAGGAGCAGAAGGCUUAAAGCCAGCGCACGGGAGAGAAAACGAAGACAUGUGCUAAACAACGCUCUAGAGUUGUUGAGAAAGAAAGUACCAUGCGUAGAUCAAAAUCCACAGAAACUUUCUAAGAUCGAGGUUUUAAGACUCGCCAUCGACUACAUAGCUAUGYUAAGCUGUUACCUCAAUAAUUCACCGGCAGCUGGUUGCAUUGGACAACCAGAUAUGGCGACAAUAACAGGCUCACAAGCUGCUUCUAUGUUUUUUGGCGAUCAAGCGACGAGCUUUACUAGCGCAACGAGUGGAUUUUUUACGACCAUACCCAAGACGGAACCCGGCACCAGUUCUGCUUUGGAUGAGUGUACUAAAAAAGUAGCUGAACACUAUGGCAUUCAAAGAUCAGAGCUCGACGUUUAUCUGAGGGGAUACCAAGAACAAUGCUGAAAAUAAGACUCAAAACAUCCUAUACUUGGAAAACAAGAAUUAACUGAACUUCGAAGAACUAAUAUUCGUAUCAGUAGAUGACCGAUUUGUACUUUACUGUAAAUAUUUCGAUUCUAAAGAAAGCGUAAUUACUUUCGAUGCAAGAUCAAGGCUUAUCAAUAUCCUGCUAUAAGGUAUAUAUGCAGAAAAACGUGCAUAUAGAAUGAAUAAUUUAAAAGAAAAAUGUAUUUAUAAUAAUUAACUUGUAAGAACGAUUAGAUUUUGUUUAUAAACGUUUUUUACUUCGUAUAUAACUUCCAUUCAUCCCACAUUGGGAGACAAACGCCUCGCGAAAUAAUAAGCUUAGGUUGAGAAAUGUCUGUAAAGACGCCCAAAGAUUAACUCGUUGUACAGUUAAAUAUUACAAUAUAUAUGAAACGAAUAAAACUAUUGUGGAUAAUAACUUCAAA